AUGGAAGGAUCCGAAGACGUUUGUAUGGAUGCAGUGGAAAUGAAGGAUUUGGAGAGGGUAGACGAUAAACUGAUGGAGCAGAGCAGAUCUAAUGAAUCUGAUGACAGAUGCAGCGGUCACAUUGAGGAUUUGAAUGUAGUUGUGAAUACAGGAAACCAAAAUACGGCUCCUGGGGAUGUACAUGGUGAUAUGGGAGCAGAGAUCCACGAUCCCAUGAAAGACCAUGACAAAGAACUGUUGGAAUCAGAACAUUUAAUCUCCUCUGCUAAUGAGGUUGAGAGUUGUGUGCAGGGGAUGGAAAGCAGUGUUUAUAGAACGGAGGAUGAAAUCUGGUUUGAUGAAGGACAAUCUGUUAAUGUGGAUGCGGAUAGUAAGGGAAUGGAAACCGUGGCUGGACAGGAGAGUAUAAUCUGCACAACUAGUAAUGAAGACUUGAAUGAAGAUAUGUUGGCCUUGAAGGAACAGAUUCAAGAAGAGAGGGAAGGGGAAGAGAGAGAAUUCUGUCUUCAGGACCCAUCAAUAAAUAUAUCUUCCCCUGACAAGCAGGUCCCUGUGUGUGAGAUCUGUACCGAAGAGACCACUGGAAACGUCACCAAUGCUGCGGAUGAGGACGUGGAGGUGACACCUUUGGAAUCUGUAGAUUCACAGAUGGCAGAGGAACAAUAUGUGUAUGAACGAUAUCAUAUAUAAAUGUUUUAUUACUGGAUAGGGAAAUCAGCCAGAUCGGAAUAUUCUGGGCUAUUAUUCUUUAAUGGUAGAUGUUACGAUGCCUGGAAUUACCUGUUAAGUGUCUGCCUUCCAUUAGUGAAGUGUUGGUGAAGGCUCAACUAAUUCACUAAAGUAUCAACUCUUUAAAACCAUGUUUAUAUCUAAUUUAGAAUGAUAGUGUCAGCAGUUUGACAACUGAGUAGCAGGAAUUGGGUCAAAUUAUUAGUUGAAUUAUUUUUUCCCCUUGACUGACCUAUAUUGUGUGUCCCUCUGGUAAUCCCCUAGUGAUUAUUUUGGUUCUGUUUCACCUACAAUCUUUUUAGAAUUAGAAUGCACUCACCAAUUGAAUUUGAAAAGUCAGUGUGCCAAUUUGGGCAUCUGGUGAAGCAACUUUUAAAACUUAAAAAUUCUUGGAGCAGAUUACAUUUUUAGGGAAAGAUGCAGGUCAAGUCCCCUAAGUUUAAAUACUUUUCUAAUUGUUCUCUCUCUCUCUCUCAGUUCGGCUUCCUAUGACUUCUCUCACCAGCCAUGGCAACUAACUGGCGCCUGGAAGGAAUAUUCGGCUCUGUCUGAGAAUUUUCUUAAAGGGUGUAAAUGGUGA